CAGUUGUGUAACCAGGAACUCGGACGAAAACACGAGGGCUACGACAGCUGCUCUGCCUCUCAAUCCAUUCCAUUCCAGCCACCAUGAAGUACUUGUUCCUCGCGUCUCUGUGCGUUACGUAUUUGUACGAUAUCCUGAGCAGUGAGGUAAAUGGUGGGGAGGUCUUCAUGCUUCUCGCAGGGCCACUUCCGGACCACCGGAGCACGGUUCAGGCCGAGAAGGUGUUUAACUGCGGUGGUCCCAUCCCUUCCGGAUCCCCACGGUACUUUGACUACCUUCGGAAAAGAGGUGUAACCCAUUUCCAAGUCCCACUGUCCUGGCAUCGACUCCUACCAUCAGGCCUCCCCAGCCAGCCACAACAAACUGUGCUCAGCUACUACCGUACUCUCCUGAAUCAGAUCUUGACUGCGGGUCUCCAGCCUCUCGUCAUCCUUCACGGAUCCACAGUGCCGGAAGCUCUGAGGUCAAAGUUUGGAGGAUGGGAAAGCCGAGAGCUGCAAGGGAUGUUUGUACUCUAUGCAGAGUUUGCCUUCGGAGAGUUUGGGAAGCUCGCCCGCUCCUGGGUGAUAAUCAGUAAUCUGGAUGAGGUUUGGCGAGAGGGACCACCACACGAUGAACGUUAUCAGCAAGAUCUCCUCCUGUUGAUCCAGAAUAUUUACCAACUUUACCAUGGUAGCUUUGGAGACAAAGGGAAAGUUUCUAUUGGGUUGAGAGCAAGUGACAUCGAACUACUUUCGCAGAUCCGAGAUGCACUCAGAAUGGACUUUUUGUUGGUGCAGCUUGAGUCCAACUGCGCCUCCGCAUUUAAUUUGAUUGAGGAGCUGACCAGGUUGCAGAUGCCCAGUAAGGAUGUGCCUAUCCUGGUAUACAAGAUGACGGUCUGUGAUUGUGCUGACAGUCGGUUCCAGGCUUGUCGUAAUUUCUUAAAAGUGCUCAACAGCAACAAUAUGAAAAUAGAAGGAUGUGACAUGGUGGACAUGUUAGGAAAGAUGGAUACGGAGGGUCUGUCUACCAGCAUUGGUGUCCUUGGAUAUUCUAGCGAAAUGACCAACAGUUACCAGACUGUCUGGGAUAAGUUUGGUGUCCAGCUCGAGUCCGAACGCGAUAUUUUCCUUAAUAAAUUCUUCCCCUCGGAUUUCCAGUGGGCCACUUCCAGUGAGUCCUUCAAAGUGGAAGGAGGCUGGGCUGAAGGUGGGAAGGGAGAAACCAUUUGGGAUCGCUUCGGUCAUGAAAAUAAAGUUUUCGAUAAUCAGACUGCUGAUCAAGCUUGUGACAGUUAUCACAAGGUAGAUUACGAUGUGUACCUCCUUCGAGGCCUUCAAGUCAACACCCACCAGUUUUCCAUCUCGUGGGCACGUAUUUUCCCCUCAGGAUAUCGAAGGAGUCAGUCUCAUAAAGGUGUACUCUAUUAUGACAAACUAAUCAAUGCUCUCAUUAAUUCGGGAAUACAACCGGUCGUCACCUUGUACCACUGGGACCUGCCCCAGGACCUCCAGAAUCAGGGCGGAUGGACCAACGCUUCCAUUAUUGACGCCUUCAAGGACUAUGCGGACUUCUGCUACUCCACAUUCGGAGACAGGGUCAAGAUGUGGAACACGUUCAGUAGCCCUUGGGUAGUUAGCCACGCUGGCUAUGGGGUCGGCGAUCACCCCCCUGAAGUCCAAGAUUAUGUUGUGGCUUCCUACCAGGUGACUCAUCACUUAAUCAAGUCCCACGCCGAGGCCUGGCAUGUUUACGACGACAAAUACAGAACCAAACAAGGCGGCAAGGUGGGCAUCGCGUUAAACUCCGACUGGGCCGAGCCCUUGGAUCCCUCCAGACCUGAGGACGUGGUGGCAGCGUACCGUUCCCUGCAAUUCAUGCUAGGAUGGUUUGCUCACCCUAUAUUUGUGGACGGAGACUACCCGGCAACUCUGAAGAGUCAGAUUGACAAGAAAAACAAACUGUGCCCUCAUUCGAAACCUGCGAUUCUCCCAGUUUUCACUCCUGAAGAAAGUCAACGGAUCAACGGAACAGCUGACUUUUUUGGACUAAACCAUUAUACAUCGCGGCUGAUUAACAGCAGUGAUGGUGGUUGCGCCGUGGGUCCGCAAGGGGUGGGUGACUUCCAGACCCAUGUAGACCCAUCUUGGUCCCGUACAGCUUCGGACUGGAUCUAUUCAACACCCUGGGGGCUGAGAAGGCUUCUUAACUACAUCGCUCUGGAGUACUUAAACAUUAUAAAAGUGCCUGUGUACAUAACAGGGAACGGCAUGCCAACAGAAUUUGGCGGGACGCCCCUAAAUGACACCAGUAGGGUAGACUACUUAAGGAGGUACAUCAAUGAAGCUCUGAAAGCAAGACUCCUUGACAGGGUGGACGUGCGGGGGUUCACCGUGCAGUCGCUAAUGGACGGAUUCGAGGGGAGACAAGGCUACAGCCAAAGAUUUGGGCUUCACCAUGUCAACUUUGAGGACCCGGACAGACCUAGGACCCCCAAACAGUCGGCGUACUUCUAUUCACAGGUUAUAAAACAAAAUGGAUUUAGUAGUAGACGUGGGCGUGUUUUGAAAGUGACGCAGACACAAUUUAAACCUCCCUUAAAAGCGUUAACUCCUUCAGAGGUUCCAUCCAAGUCCAAGGUUACAUGGGAGAGAUUUUCCCAACAGUCCAAAUUCCACCGGAAAAUCUACCACUAUGGCACUUUCCCACCAAAUUUCACCUGGGGAGUAUCGUCUUCUGCUUACCAAAUUGAAGGUGCCUGGAAUUCCGAUGGGAAAGGACCAAGUAUUUGGGAUGUGUUUACCCACAAGCCAGGUAGUAUACCGGGUAACGCCAAUGGAGACGUGGCCUGUGACAGUUACCACAGAUUCCGGGAGGACCUCUACAUGCUGCGAGCUUUGGAGGUUAAGUCGUACCGAUUUUCCUUGUCCUGGUCCAGGAUCUUUCCUAGUGGUCUGCGAAGUUCCCUCAAUCGAAAGGGUGUUGACUUUUACAACAGCGUUAUUGAUGAUCUUCUGGUAAAUGGCAUCACACCAUUGGUAACGCUGUACCACUGGGAUCUCCCUCAGGAGUUGCAAAAUAUUGGCGGCUGGGAGAGUUCAGGCAUGAUCGAAAUUUUCGCUGAUUUUUCUGAUUUCUGUUUUUCUACCUUCGGAGACAGGGUCAAGUUUUGGAUGACUUUCAAUCAGCCGUACACCAUCGCGUGGUCAGGAUACGGACUCGGACAGAUUCCGCCAAAUGUUAGGAAGCCAGGAAGUGCGCCAUAUAGAGUUGCACACAACCUCAUAAAAGCCCAUGCCAAAGCUUACCAUAUCUACGAUGAAAAAUACCGCAAAUCCCAAGGUGGUCAAGUUUCUCUCGCGCUCAAUUCUGACUGGGUAGAACCGAAGGACGUCCGCGUUCUCCGUGAAGUGGCGGCCGCCGACCGUGCGAUGCAGUUCCAAUUGGGCUGGUUCGCUCACCCCAUUUUCAAGAACGGCGACUAUCCCGACGCGAUGAAGUGGCAGGUUGGAAACAAGAGCGAACUCCAAGGUCUGGCGGAGUCCAGACUGCCUAAGUUCACCGAAGAGGAAAGGAAGUACAUCAGGGGGACCGCUGAUGUGUUCUGCUUAAACCACUUCACCACAAAGACAGUAAGCCAUGCCACGGCUCGACUCACACCGCCAUCCUAUGAAUACGAUCGUGACCUGACGGAAAGAGAAGACGCGGAUUCGCCAACCACGGCCAUCAAAAACCAGAGAGCUGUGGCCUGGGGCUUAAGGAGACUCCUCAACUGGGUCAAAGAUGAAUAUGGAGAGCCGGAGAUUUACAUCACUAACUGUGGGGUUGCCACAGAAUCAAAGACAAAGUGGGAUGACUCCGCCAGGGUGUUUUAUUUCAAAACCUACAUUGAUGAGGCUCUCAAAGCCUCCGAUUUGGACGAUGUGAAGGUGAGAGGCUUCACGGCCGCCUCUCUCAUGGACUCAUUCGAGUGGCUCGACGGGUUCAAAGUGGGAUUCGGCUUGCACCACGUCGACUUCGAGGACCCGAACCGCCCGAGAACACCCAAGUAUUCCGCUCAUUUCUACCAUAGAGUCAUCAAGGACAAUGGAUUUCCCACACCAGAGGAUGAAAAAAUACUUUACGGAAAUUUUGCCAAAGACUUCAUCUGGAGUACUGCAACAGCAUCAUAUCAGAUCGAAGGAGGAUGGAGGGCCGAUGGAAAAGGUCUAAGCAUUUGGGACAAGUUCGCCCACACACCGCUCCGAGUGUUCAACGACGACAACGGGGACGUCGCCUGCGACAGUUACAACAAAAUAGAUGAGGAUGUUUCAAUGUUGAGGCAACUCAAGGUGACGCAUUACCGUUUCUCCAUAUCCUGGCCAAGGGUUCUUCCUGAUGGCACCACCAACAACAUAAAUGAAGCUGGAUUGAGUUACUACAGUCAGUUGGUGGAUGCCCUGCUCGAUGCAAAUAUCCAACCUCAUAUCACUCUGUACCACUGGGACCUUCCUCAAGCUUUGCAGGACAUUGGAGGCUGGGAGAAUGAAACCAUUGUGCUCAAAUUCCGGGCUUAUGCCGACCUCAUUUUUAGCCGCCUUGGUCACAAAGUCCAAUUCUGGAUUACCAUUAAUGAGCCGUACAACAUCGCCAAUGUGGGUCACGGCUAUGGAGCUGCUGCUCCAGGGAUUAGUUUCCGACCGGGCACGUUGCCGUACAUUGUGGGCCACCACUUGCUCAAAGCGCACGCAGAGGCCUGGCAUCUGUACAACGACAAGUACCGCAGCAAGCAGGGCGGAAUCAUCUCCAUCACCAUCAAUUCCGAUUGGUCCGAGCCCAGGAACCCUUAUAAGCAGGAGGAUGUCGAUGCUGCAAGGCGUGUGGUGCAGUUCUACAUCGGCUGGUUUGCACACCCUGUAUUUAAGGGAGACUACAGUGAUAUGAUGAAGACGAUCAUUCAAAAGAGAAGCCUCGAAGCUGGGCUGCCCAAAUCUCGGCUGCCUGAAUUCACCGCGGAAGAGGUAAAAAGAAUCAAAGGUACUUACGAUUACUUUGGAUUCAACCAUUACACCACCGUCCUGGCCUUCCCUGUGGAUUACGGGAACCUUCAGCACUAUGACGCCGAUAGAGGCGCGGGAACAAUCGCAGAUCGCACGUGGCUGGAUUCGGGUUCGUCUUGGCUCAAGGUCUCGCCAUUCGGAUUCCGGAGGAUAUUAAACUUCAUUCAGGAGGAAUAUGGAAAUCCUCCUAUUAUCAUCACAGAAAACGGGAUCUCGGAGCGUGGGCCGGUGGAUUUGAAUGAUUUCCACAGGAGUUACUACUAUGAGAAAUACAUCAACCAGGUUUUGAAAGCUUAUGUACUGGAUGGCGUGGAUAUUAGGGGCUACACGGCUUGGUCAUUGAUGGAUAACCUGGAGUGGGCCACGGGAUUUUCUGAAAGGUUCGGACUCUUCCACGUCAAUCACUCAGACCCCAAACUUCGUCGGGUGUCCAAGAUGUCUGCUGCCUACUACGCCACCAUCGUCACCUGUAACGGAUUUCCAGAACCCGCUACCGGGCCGCAUGAGUGUCUAAACCACGAGGUGGAAGGCACCAGUGUGCCCAGCACGUCUCCUCCUUCCGUCAACACCGUCAACUUCCUGGGUAUCACUCUCUCCGCCGGUGAUGCAGAGAUUGGACUGUACUCACUGUUUGCUCUCUUUAUUGUUGCCUUGCUUGUUGUCACUUGUUUGUUGUUUUGCUUCUUGAAGACAAAGAAACAUUCUGAGGAAAUCAGUAAUAUUCAAUCAAUACUCAAUAGUUAA